AUGAAGUCACUGAGCCUCUCUUGGGUCGCUUUGGCCUUGACCUUGGGCGCUUGCUUAUUCGAGUCCGUCGGCGCAGCUCCUUCCUCCUCUUCUCUCUCCACUGCUGCGGCUUCCUCUCCUGCAGUCACUUACAACGUUGCAGCCAAGCCCUCGAGGCAAUCCAAGUUCGCUCUCGCUGCCUUCAUCGAAACGAACAUAAACAGCGGCACGGAUGGCGGCCUUUACGCCGAGACGAUCCGCAACAGGGCCUUCCAGGACAAUGUCAGCAAUGCCGCCAACACCAACAACGCCCUCGGCAAGGGUUCCCUCCUUCACUGGACCGGUACCUCAAAGGGUACCGAGCUCACCCUCUCCCUCGACAACUCGCUGUCGGCAGCGUUGCCCCAGUCCGCUAUCGUAACAGGCCAGAAGACCGACUCUUGUGGCAUUGCCAACUCGGGCUUCGAGGGCUUCAGUGUGACCAAGCAGCCUUACAAGCUCGCCUUUUACGCUCGUUCUCCUACUGGCAAGCCCACCACCGUCCCAGUCGAGGUCGGACUCUACUCGAGCGACUCCUCCAAGACCUUCGCCAAGCAAACACUCCCAUUGAAGCUUUCAGGAGAAUGGCAGAAGUUCGAGACCACUUUGACACCGUCACAGGCGGCCAGCAACAACAACAACGUCUUUGCUAUCAAGACGCAAGGCGCUUGCAACGACGGCUUCCAGGUCAACCUCGUCUCGCUCACGCCACCCACGUGGCAAGGCACCGUGGCGAGGCCAGACUUGGCGCAGGCGCUUGCCGACAUCAAGCCCAAGUAUGUUCGCUUGCCUGGCGGCAACGACCUCGAGGGCAACAACAUCCCAUCUUGGUUCAACUGGACCAACGCUGUCGGCGAUCUCAAGAACCGCCCCGGCCGAACCCCGACCUGGACUUCGGACUGGAACACAGAGGGCCUCGGGCUAAUGGAGCUCAUGGACCUAACAGAGAAAUGGGGAGCCCAGGCGAUUUUGGGAAUCUACGCCGGCUACUCGCUGGAUGGCAAGGCGGUCCCGCAGAACCAGCUCGGCCCUUACAUCCAGUCGGCGCUCAACCAGCUCCAUUUCCUCCUCGAUACCACCGGUCGCUGGGCGGAUCUGCGAAAGUCGUACGGCCGCUCAGCUCCUUACAAGUUCCAACAUGUCGAGAUCGGCAACGAGGAUUGGCUCGGCGCGGCCGUACAGACCUACGGACCAUACCGUUGGGCUGCCUUCCGCGAUGCCAUCGCCAAAGAGUUCCCGCAGCUAACUCUCAUCGCAUCUACGCUGCUUAAUGGCGUCGAGGGCGCCAAGGCUGUAGACGACCAUUUGUACGCCACGCCUUCCCAGCUCUUCGCCUUUGCAGAGGGCAUGGACGCUACGUCAAGAGCGAUUCCUAUCUGGGAGCUCGAAUAUGCGGUGAUCAAUAGUGGUUUGACGAAUGACUCGGACAUCUACUCUGGGCCUGGACGCUUGAAGCAUCCGACGCUGAUCGGUGCUUUGGCCGAGGCGACGUUCCUUGCCGGCGCCGAGCGCAACGGGGACAUCUUCUAUAGUGCUGCCUACGCGCCGCUCUUCCAGAAUGAAGGCACCAAUCUAACGCAGUGGACGCCGGACCUGCUGAGUUUCAACGCCGGCCAAAUGGUCAAGUCGACUUCGUACUACAUUCAGUAUGCCUGGGGCAACUAUCCGAUCGAGCAGAUCCACGAUACGAGCCUGUCGACGCCCACAAACUCUUCGCACAUCUAUCAUUCCUUCGGUUCCGACGGUCAAGGCCAUCUCGUUGCCAAACUGAUCAACACCAACGCAGCGGCUCGAGACGUCAAGGUGCAGUUGGGCAGCGGUGCCAAGUUGUCGGCCAACGGGGCCAAGAGCUGGCAGAUGAAGGGCAACGACCCGCAGGCCGCCAACACGCUCAGCAACCCGCAGGCUGUCGUUCCGCAGAGCAGCUCGAGCGGACUGCCACAGGGCGCCCAGCUCACAAGCGACGGAUCUCUGACAGUGACGCUUCCAGCCUACUCGGCUACGGUGCUUAACCUUGCGCUUGCGUGA